GUGUGUGAUGUAGGGAAAAAUCUUGCCCUCCGGCGAUGGGCGGAUCACCUCCAUAAUAAAAGCAGCUGAUCACCCAGCUGAAUAACAUUCUGCUUAAAGCUUUCGAGUAGCCGAAUCAAGCGGAUCUUCAAAGACUACGACUAUUGUAUUGGUGGACCACUGACCAACUAAGAAUGAAUCUCCAAAUAACGUUCCUCGAGGGCUCUACAUAUCACAUAGAGGUGAGCCCGAGCAUCACGAUUGGAGAAUUAAAGAAUGUCAUUCAUCAGAAGAGUGACGUUACACCUGCGCGGAUGAAGCUUAAAGCUGUUGGAAACGGAGUGGAUUUCAGCGAGGAUUCCAGCACCCUCGCUGCCAUCGGGUUGAGACCUGGAUCCUGCGUCUCAGUUUUGGUGACGGACCCUCCGCCAAUGCAGGUGUUUCUGAAGAAUGAAAAAGGCCGGACGUCCACUUACAAUGUGGUGCCAGGUGAAAAAGUCGCAGCUUUCAAGACCAAGGUCUACCAAAAAGAGAGGGUUCCAGUGGACCAGCAGAGACUUAUUUACAAUGGAAAGCAGCUUGACGAUGAUCGAAAACUGGAGGACUAUAACAUUGUGUCUGAAAGCACUAUCCACCUUACUCUCCGUCUCAGAGGGGGGUAAUUUGGAAAUUAAAUGGCCCAAAUGGACGCACACACACACACACACACACACACACACACACACACACACACACACACACACACACACACACACACACACACACACACCAUUCCAUAGGCUACCUUAUCUUUGCACUUUUCUGUCCAUUUUUCAUUUGCAUUCCCUUCUGAAGUUAUUAUAUUUAAUAAAUUAACACAAUCAAUAUUGUCUGUAGCAGUGUCUUCAUUUGCAAUGUGCAUGAAUAUCUGCAUCUCAUGAAAUAUAAAGCAAGUAAAAAAGAGUAGCAUGUCUUCGAGUUAUUUGCGAUGUUUUUGGGAAGUUUAACAGGAAUUCUGGGUUAGGGUCUAUGAAUUAACAUUGCAAUACUGCCCUUCAAUGGACAAAGGCAGUAGCCUGCAUACCUCCAAGCUGCAAUAAAACGACUUUAAAAUGAUCCUAUGGUCCACAGCAAGUUUUAUU